UUGGGAUGCCAUUGUCCGCUCGCUCGCUUUGUCCUCACCCCUCGACCUCUCGACCCAUCGUAACGGCCCUCGACCCGAUCCGCCCGUUGCAGCGAUCUUGUGCAGUGAAAGCGAGAACGGACACUUUCGUUGUGAGCAAGGUUGCGCAAGCGUUCCUGCCCACUUCUCAAUUCCCCUCAGAUUAGUCAAGAGUCAAUGGCUGUAGGCCUAUCUGCUCUCCUUCUCGGCGCUACGAGUGCCGCAGGAAGUCUCCUACUACAGGAGGUUCUGGCUUCCCCUGUCUUCGGCAGGGUGGGCGAGUAUGGCCGACGCGUCACUCACGCUGAGAAGAUCAGGCUUGGAAGGGAUAAACUGGAGCAAAAGGUUAUAGAUUACGAUAAUAUUGAGGAGAUGGGGUUAAACGAGGGAAGAUGGGACGUAGUCUUUAUCACUCUCGGAUUGAGCGUGACACUUGCAGAGAACACAGAAGAGUUUGAAAGAGUCGACAGAGAAUAUGUAGUUCGUGCCGCGCGCGCUGCGAAGUCGGACGAUGUCUCUCACCAACAACGACUUAUAUAUGUCUCCGCAAUGUGUGCCUCCCCUUCAUCGUUGCUGCUCUACUUCAGAAGUAAAGCAGCAACAGAGAUUGAACUGGCGCAAAUAGGGUACGACGAUCUCGUUGUCCUCCGCCCCGGUAUGUUUGGCCAAGUGCAUCGUGAAGUGAAGAGGCCAAUGGAAGUGGUGCUGAGUGCUCUAUACAGAGUGGGUUCAUGCCUGAACAGUCAGGUUUACAUACCGCUACCGCGCCUUGCACGAUGCAUGAGGAUAGUCGGUGAACGCGGAAGCGGUAGUCUGCCACGCAAGCUUGUGUGGACGAGAACGGGGAACGAGACGUCAUUUACGACGUUGGUCAACAAGAGCAUCCUCAUGAUAGGAGCAAGUGACGCUGGUGGCAGCUCGGCCGAGUCAAAGGGGCUUGGUCUGGAGUAGAUUAUGCUCGUUCCGAGUCGCUUCGUUCAAGCUUAUUCCGUUCUGGAGGCGAUUCGUACGGUCAGAGCUCAAACUUAUAUAUGUUUUCGGGUGC